CUAUGACUAUCGAGGUGAACAGUACAUUUUGUUUGUCUGCAAAGAUUUCAAUUAAGUCGAAUUGCACACACGUUUAUAUAUAUACAUAUGGAGUAAUUAUUACAAGAAAAAGACAAUGGCGUGCUAUAAUACUCAACCUUUACAUUUUAAGAAUAAUAUUAAUUGUUAUUCCUAUGUAAACAGAGUAACCGCAGAUGAGACAGAUCAUGUUGACUUCAUUUAUCAACUUUUAAAUAUUAGUAAUUGUUCCAAAAGUAACGAUAAUUUUAGCACAUUUGUUAAUUAUAAAAUAACUGAGCCCCCUACCAAAGUUACAAAAUAUGAAGAUUUCACAGAGAGAUUUUACGAACCAUUAAAGUACACAUCUGCAUCAUCUGCAGAUGACACACCAAAGAAUAAUAUGGUAGUCAAACCAAAACAAUAUAUUAAUAUCGAAUUUUAUGAAGCGUGUUACCCCAUCAGAGUGUCCCUGUAUGGCGUAAGGAACGUUGGACGAAUUUGGGCACAAAAAUUUGAUGGUCAAUGGUUUCCAAUAUUGGUGGAAGUAGCUAAUCAUAGCCUGCAGUCGAAUAAAUUGACAACGUUACAAUCCUAUACUUUACAGUUAUAUCUAUCAUGCGAUUUUAAAACGAAAAAACUCAUAUUACAAUUAACUCCUUCUGAUGUUUAUUACUCAAGAAAGAUAGAAGCUAUAAUGCUUAUUGGUACAGCAGAAUUGAUCGUUCCUCGAAAUCCUAAACAGAACCUAAAUAACCUGUUAUACAACCUGUUAUUCAACAUUAGUUCAAUUAUCCCCAUACAUAUUUACGAUAGGAGACUUAAGGAACUAAAUUAUGAUAUACUCAAACUUCAAGAGAACUUUAACAAGUGUUGCAUUGUUUGUAAAAGUGAUAUCAUAGAGAGUUUUUAUAAAAGUGAGCUCGGGAGCAAGCAAAUAUUUCAACGAAUAACCAGAGAAGCCAUGAUACCCAAUGUGCCACCUUUUAGACAGAUAUAUAUGCAUUACUUUUUAAAAAGCUUAGAAAGUUAUUCGAAUUAUAAGAAGUGUGUGAAAGAUAUCAAACCUUAUUCGGAUGAAUCGAAAGAGCGAUCAUCUUGCAAUUUCUCUGAGCUCUCUGAUGAAAUGGUACUAAAAAUAUUAAAGAACUUAGAUGUGACAUCAUUAAGCCGCAUGAGUAGAGUCAAUAAACGCUUGAAUAAUUUAUCACGGGAUUAUACGCUAUACAAAUAUUUGAACUUGCGGAAUAUACAUUUUACAUACAUGCACAAUGAUCUCUCUCAGUUAUUUGAUUACUUUACACCAAGAUGUAAAAGUUUACGACAGUUGGAUCUGUCACUUUGCGAAUUUUCUAAUUCGAAAUUUAGAAAAUUUGUGAAAACUUGCUGCAGGAAUUUAACGCAUCUAAGAUUAAGUGAAUGCUUUUAUGUUGAUUCUGAACUACGUUAUAUUUCAGAGAUAUGUAAAAAUUUGAAAGAAUUGGAUCUGAAUUAUUGUUAUGGCAUAACAAAUGAAAAUAUUUCGUACAUCAAGAAUUUAGAGUUUUUGGAAAGUUUACAUCUUGAAGAUACAAAUAUACAAACUAAUACUUUGUGUGAGAUGCUACAUAAAAAUCGACACAUGCGUGACUUAAAUUUAUGCUCUUGUUUUGAUCUAAACAUAGAUGCAGUCGCAGUAGAAUUACAGAAUUUAUGUCCUAAUUUGGAAAGAUUAAAUUUAAAAGAUUGCAACCCUUUUACAUCACAAACCAUUGAUGCUCUUGCCAAAUGUAAGAAUCUGAAAGAAGUAAAUUUUUCUGGAUGCAAGAUGGCCGAUAGAGUUAAUGAUAAUAUCUUCGGUAGAUUGUUUUCCUCCUGUCAAUUCCUGGAAAAAAUCGACUUGAGCAAAUUUGAAAGACUCACCGAGAGUGAGUGUAAAUCGCUAACAUUGUGCAAGAACUUAAAAUCCUUAAGUUUGGCAUGGGUAAAUUCGGUGACACCUGACAUAUGUUCUCAACUUUUUGUGGAAUGUCCUAAACUGGACGAACUCGAUCUUAGCUUCUGUGAACAUAUCAAUGGGAACUUGGUUGACCAGUGGAAUAAAAUAUACAAUGUAAUUGUGUAUCAAUACUAACUGAAAUUUAUUAUUUUUAUACACUUGAUUUUAUUACAACGAACACAAGUUAAUUAGACGAAACAAAUAAUAUUUUAAAUUUGACAAUUAGAUGUGUAAAAUAAGGCCUUUUUAUCUUACGACAACAUUGUUAAUCCAUUGUUUCAAGAAUUAUAGAUUCAUGUGUAUCUUGAUGUGUUCCCAUACUGGCGAACAUAUGAGCAUCGAGAUUAUUUAUACUUUAUUUAGAGCUUUUUUGUUAUUCAAUA